CAGACCAGUAAAUCCUUAAUGCGGAUCAACGAGGACGCGCGGGUGGCGCGUCUGGCACCUGGAGACGCGCAGCUCUCCGCGCGUAAGGAGGACGCAGCCGUCAGCCGCCGAGGAGUCGCGGGACACGCAGGGGCACUAUAACGCCCGGCUGGUCAACUUUUAUAUUCCCGAUUCAUCAGUUAUCGCGUGAUUAAUUUUUAGAUGGGAGAGCGAGUGACGCGGACGCUUCUGCGGUGGGAUAUCGCGGUAUAUGAUGAAAGGCGGACGUGAAUCGAAGACGUCGUCAUAACAUGAGCCAGCCGCCGCGGGCAGAGCACAGCUCAUCCCACUGAGAGUCCACCGUCGCUACACUCAAAAUGGAGUCCUACUCGUCGGCGCUGAACCGCAGCCAAUCAAUGACCAGCGGGCUGGAGAAGGCGCCGCCCUCCUGGAACAAGCCCUGCCACUCGCGGAGCAGCAGCACUGCCUCGUCCCCCCAGUCCAGACAGAACAUCAAGGACUGGGAGGUGAUGGACGAGCUGCCCAUGGAGGUGCAGACAGGAAGUGACAAACCUCCGGACAUGACGGUUCCUGGCAUCUGUGAGGGCUACAUGCUGAAGAGGAGGAAGUGGCCCCUGAAAGGCUGGCACAAGAGAUAUUUUGUUUUGGAAGCAGGGAUUUUGCGGUAUUCCAAAAAUCAACAAGAUAUCUCCAGGGGUAGGAUCCAGGGCUCGCUGGACGUCAGCGUGGCUGUGAUGUCCAUGAACAAGAAGACCUACCGCAUCGACCUGGACACGGGCGACAUCCUGUACCACGUCAAGGCGAAGAGCCACGAGCUGUUCUACAUCUGGGUCACGAAGCUACAAGCUCACCGGCUUUACAAGAAGAACGAGGGUCUCGGUCACAACGGCUACCUCCAGGCCGGCACUCCGGCGGGAUUAGCCCAACAGAAUGGAGACUUGCCACUGUACCCCCAUUACCAGAGCUCCCCGGGCCUCUACUCGGGGCCCGCGGCCAGGCCCUCGGAGGGGCCCCAUGCAGCCAGGGCGUCGGAGGGGCCCGAGGGGGCCAGCACCGAGGCCAACGGAAAGGUGUCUGCCUGGCUGCAGCAGAGCCAGGACCCUGACAGCUGCGUCGCAGAGCUGAACCGCUGCCAGCUGGACGUUUCUGAGCUGAGCCGUCUGGCCGAGAGGCUGCAGGCCCUGGAGAACCGCAAGCCCAUCUCCAACGGAGAGCUGCAGCGCAUCAUCAGCAUCCAGAACCUCUGCCUGGAGAAGCCAAAGAAGUCCAAAUCCUGCCGGGUGUGGGGCCACUCCCGGACCCUGUCCCGGGUGGAGGCGCUGGGGAUGCUGUCCUCCAGCCACCUGAGCACCUCCUCCGUGGCCUCCAUCCCCGACUACGUCUGCUCCCAGCUCUCUCCUCCCAGCGGGGAGUCCAACGAGAGCCGCAAGACCCAGCAGGACUUCUGCACCGUCUCUCUGAGAGUGCUGGCCUCGCUCAAGACGGUCCAUGACGCACUGGCGGCGGAGCGGCAGAGGCUCCAGGAGGCGUGGGGGCCCAACGCCCCCCCGGAGGCGGGGGCGGCAGCAGGGGGCCGUCCGUCCCGCGGCCCCCCCUCGUUGAGCGACUCGGUCGAAGAGUUCUUCGACGCCAGCGAUGACGUCCAGCGCGCCAGCUGGUCGGAAGCGUCCGACGAAUCAGGACUCAGCGAAGGAACCACCAGCAACUCUGAGCCGGACGAGGGGCGCGCGUCAGAAACCGUCAAGUACCGGGCGAGCUUGUCCCAGACGCCCAGCACGCUGGUCCCCAAGACCACGGGGGGCCGCCGCAGCGUGCUGCCAGCCCACUGUCCAGACAACAGCCACGUGGGCCUCAUGGCCAUCCUCUACAACAACAUCGGUAAGGACCUGUCCAGAGUAUCCAUGCCCGCCCCUCUGAACGAGCCCAUCAACCUGCUGCAGAGGCUGUGUGAGGAGCUGGAGUACUCUGAGCUGCUGGACACAGCCAGCAGGACGGCAGACCCCUACCAGAGGAUGGUCUAUGUCGCUGCCUUCGCCAUCUCCGGGUAUUCUUCUGCGAUCUUCCGGAACCGCUACAAGCCCUUCAACCCGGUGCUGGGGGAGACCUAUGAGUGUGUGAGGGAAGACCGCGGGUUCAGGAUGAUCAGCGAGCAGGUCUCCCACCACCCGCCCAUCUCCGCCUGCCACGCCGAGUCAGACAACUUCUCCUUCUGGCAGGACCAGCGGUGGAAGAACAAGUUCUGGGGGAAGUCGCUGGAGAUCGUGCCGACGGGAAUGGUGAACCUCAAGAUCCCAAGCUACGGCGACCACUACGAGUGGAACAAGGUGGUGACCUGCAUCCACAACGUGCUGAGCCAACAGCGCUACCUGGAGCACUACGGGGAGGUGACCAUCACCAACCUCAGCAGCCCGGCCUGCACCUGCAGGAUCACCUUCGUUAAGGCUCGCUACUGGGGCUCGGAGACCACCAAGAACGAGGUGCAGGGCACGGUUUUGGACCAGGGCGGCAGCAUCAUCCACCGCUUCGGGGGUCUGUGGCACGAGGGCAUCUACUGCGACACGCUCCCCACGCCCAAAUGCAUCUGGAAGCCCAACCCCCAGCCCAAAGACCACCUGCUGUACUACGGCUUCUCCCUCUUCGCCAUCGAGCUGAACGAGCUGACCCCCGAGCUGAAGACCCUGCUGCCCCCCACCGACAGCCGGCUGCGCCCCGACCAGCGGAUGCUGGAGGACGGGAUGGUGGAGGAGUCGGACAAGAAGAAGGACGAGCUGGAGGAGAUGCAGCGGGAGAGACGGAGACAGAUGACCAAGAGAGGGGAGGAGCACAUCCCCCGCUUCUUCAAGCAGGGCCGGGACGCCGCCGGCCGGGACGUGUGGGACACCAACGGAAGCUACUGGAAGCUCCGCGAGAAGCCGGGCUUCGCCAACGUAGAGAGGAUGUCUCUAUGGUGA